AUGAUCGUUGGCCUAUCGUGGUAUCCGGCCGUGCAGCAGAUGAAGCUGGACUCGCACACAUUGCCCGACGUCAUGUUCCCACAACUCUUGUCGGCUGCAGCGGUGGUCGCUGUCUCGACAGCGGCGCCAAGUCCGCGGUCCUCGAAUGGAUACGCUGCGAUACCACUCACUUGGAAGUAUGGAGGCCUGCCCAAGAUCACGGCAGACAUCGUCUGGGGAACACCAGGGCAGAACUCUUCAGUGGAGACCGUUUUCGACACCGGCAGUGAUGGUUUCUGGGUCGCAGGGCCCGACAACCUCGCCUUUUACGGCUCCCGAUACAAGGGCAGCAGGGGCCCGUGCAACGAGACCCUCACACCGUUCUAUGACUGGACGGUCUCAACGACACACACUCCGGCAGUAGACUCUAUCGUCUCAUAUUCCUACGCCGGAAACGCGCACAUUGUCGAGACCUUCUACACCAUGAACGACACCAUCGGUUUCGCCCAGACCACUUACCCCAAGCUGCCAAACCGAAGGGUCUCGGUGUCCAACGAGACCUUGCUCGCAACAUGGGACGACACAACGUGCGCCGGAUAUAGCACCGACCACAGCAUCCUCGGCAUGGGUCCCGGCUCCGAUCUCCGCAGGGACCUCUUGGACGACGGUCUGGUAUCAUCAAACACCCUGAGCACAUGGUUCGACCAGGCACCAGAUGACCUCAAGGGCACCUACAGUGGCACGGCACUCAUCGGUGCCCUGCCGCCCAGCUCAAAGUACAGCGGCAGCCUCGUCACAGUCGGGUCGGACUGGACCGAAGGCAGCUACUACGCGACGACACCAGGGUUUAAGACAGCACCCCUAAACAACACCGGCGCCACGACCGUCAUUCCCCUAGAGUUUACCCCUGCGACCUGCCUCUUAGACAGCGGUAGCCCUAACCUAGAGCUGCCCAUCAGCACAGAGAUCGCAAACAUCACCGGACUCACCGUUGUCCCUUUCACAUCCGUCUUAGCGUACGAAGGCUCCUGCGAGUCGAUCCCGGCCUCGGCAACGCUUAACUUUGAUUUCAAGAACGUCACUAUCUCCCUGCCGUACAGGAACCUGGUGCGUGGCUACCUCGACGGUGUCGAGCCUGGGUAUUGUGUUCUGAGUGCGUUCCUCGGCGAGUCGAGCUGCACUCUCGGGGCUCCGUUCUUUUCGGCUGCUGUCGUUGUCUUGGAUGAUGCGAAGAAAGAGAUCUCUCUGGCUCAGGGUGGCAUCUCGACGAGAGCAUCCGAUGGUGCGAGCAGCCUGAGCGACGUCCAGGCAUUGGCCUAA